AUGUCCGGGGCAGCUGGAAAUGCCUCCCAAUCAAGCCGAGUGGAUGAUAUCACCGACUCUGACAAGGACUCUGGCCCUGAAGGGCCUUGCGACAGUCGCAAGAGCAUCAUCAAGCAUCACGGCGCCACUCCUAGAAUCUCGGCGUCGUCCGGCUCUGGCCGCCAAGCCAGCCGGCUGGACAACAUUACGGAUUCCGACGAAAGUGCUGAUGUGACAUCCAGUCAUGCCAAGAAGUUAGACUUAGAGUCCAGAGCCGUCGGGGCAGAAGACACCCAGCCGGCCUCUUCGCGAGAGAAGCGAGGAGCCUUCCAAACGUAG